AUGCAUCUUAAUUAUUCUAUGAUAGCCCAGAAUUUGCUUUUCCUUGACGAGCCCACAUCUGGUCUUGACUCUCAGAGUGCCUGGAACAUUGUUGCCUUCUUGCGAAGCUUGGCCGAACAAAGCCAGGCUAUCCUAUGCACGAUUCAUCAAGUCUUCGAUCGCUUCCUUUUGUUGAGGAGAAGGGUGGCUAAACAGUCUACUUCGGUGACCUUGGACACAAUGCUGAAACUUUGCUGCACUACUUCGACUCCAACGGUGCUUGCCCAUGUCUUCCUGAAGAAAAUCCGUGCUGCCGAAUAUAUGUUGGACGUUAUUGGUGCCGGAGUGACUGCCUUCAGCAGCAUCAACUGGCACGAAGUUUGGAAACGCUCCCCGGGGCAGUCAGGACUGAGCAGGAAAUCCAGGAGAUCCAUACAAUUGGACGAAGUCAACCUGCUGUUGAAACUGAUCUCAGGAUUGAAUACCCCACCCCAUGGCGCAACCAGGUCAUCGAACUUGUCAUUUAAACAAGGAGCUGCUGACCAUUACCGCAUCGCCAAGCUCAUCCUCAAUGUUGCUGGUGGCUUCUUCAUUGGUCUGUCUUUCUCAAGAACCAGGACAGUAUACAAAACGUUCAGAAUUACUGUUUACAUGCUUCUCGUCUUGAAUCAACCGUUGGUGAACAUGUUGCAAGUUCCCUUCGUCGCUACCCGUACUAUCUACGAGGUCAGGAAGCACCCAAGCGGAAUGUACAGCUGGACCGCCCACAUCAUUGCCCAAAUUCUGGCUGAACUGCCAUGGAAUAUCCUGGGAUCCUGCCUUUACUUCCUUGUUUGGUGCUGGACCUCCCGCUUCCUAUCUGGUCGCGCUGGUUAUUUGUACUUGUCUGUUGGAGUUGUGUUCCCUCUUUACUACACCACCAUUGCCCUAAAUGACGUUAGGACACUGCUCAUCCAGGCACUCCUUACAUGUUGCGUCGUCAUAGGUGUUAACAUUCGUCAAAGGCAUGCUCGCCUGCAUCGCAUCACCCUCGCCAAGUCCCGCGACCGACGUUUGCCAUAG